GCAAAAUUUCAAUGAGGAAUAUGCACGGUGGUUAAUAUGCGCCAUACCCAACAAAAGUUUUUUUAAUUCAUCCAUGUAUUUUCAAUAAUAUUAACAAUUAAUAGUUGUAUCAAAACAAUAGUAAAGUAUAUUUAGAUUUUCAGUGAAUGUUUUUCUCAAAGUGAUCCUAGGUAAAAAUGAAUAGAAUAAUUCAACGUUGUAGUAAACUAACAGUAGUACCCGAAGUGGAUCGAUCAAAAUUUAAAACCAAUGCAGAUUUCAUUGAGAAUACCAAGUCAUUGCAAAACAGGAAUCCAAGAAAUUUGGAAUUAUUGAGAAUCGCGAGGAAACCUACGGGAUGGCAUUUGGAAAAACCUGGUCGUGAAUUUUGGCACAAGCUGGUUGUACAUGAAUCAUCGCGAUAUGUCACCGCCGAGAUAAUCCAUUUUGAAAAUCGAGCUGUAGUAACAGCAUCAACCAAGGAGUGGGCAUUGAAAAAACAAUUAUACAAAACAAAGGAUGGUGCUGCCUACCUCAAUCUUGGUCGUGUACUGGCCCAACGUUGUUUGGAGAGUGGAAUACCGUAUGUGAGAUGUGAUUUAAAAGCAUCGGAGUGUGAGAAAAUUCAAUUACUUCUGAGUGAAGUACAAAAAGGUGGAGUUGCUUUAGAAGAGCCUGAUAGAUAUAUUCACGCAGCUCCGUGGGACUGGAAGCGAGAACAGAAGCCUUGGGAAGUGAACGAUUAGAGGACAAUUUUCCUAUCAAUUGAUUUAUACUUUGUAGAACAGCAAAUCGUGAAUAAAAAUAUAACUUAAUUUA